UCCCCUCCCCAAACCAUUUGUAUUAUAAUUUUAUACAAGUAAGAGUUUCAAAGUCGUGUGUAUAUUGUUUUUCAGAGCCAUUGAAAUUCUAUAAGUUCAGUAGUUCCCCCAUCCCAAACUGCAGAUAGUAGUCUCGCUCUUCCAUUGACACCUCGCAAUUAGUUUCGAAGUUAUUUUCCUAUAUUGGAUCAGACCCAUUAUUACGUGAUCUCUGUAUUCAGUGCACAAAUUAAGAUCCAAGUGGCGAUUUAGUUGCGCAUUCCCGGUGCAUUUUGGAUGGAAUGCUUACGAUCUUUGAUCGAUCGACCGAUUAAUUUCCACACAAAUGAUAUUCCAUUCUAUUCAGUUUUCACCGACUAAAGGCCCGAACUAGAAUGAUUGUUUGGACCAAAGACUCGUAAUUGUCAACUGCAAAAGCGGCAAAUUCUAACUGCCGGUUUCCCCCUUAGACUGAAAGCGAUUUCAGUUUAGUUCAUUUAGCCAGUCGAUCGCUGUAGUUGAGUGCGUCCGGCUGCAAAAGUGAUGAGGCUCCUCCAAUGACUCUCUCACCGAAUCGAAUGAGAACCCUUCCCGGGUUGCUCUGGCUUUUGGGACUCGGAUUAUCCCUGGUGGUGGGUCAAACCUACGAUGGCAACUCGGUGUUCGAUAUGCUGGAGCUGAAUCGCCGCGGCCAGGAGCAAUUAGAUCUGGAGAACCUGGACGAACGCACCACGUUGAGAUCCAAGUACGACUUCAUAGUGAUUGGAGCUGGAACAGCGGGUUGUGCCAUGGCAGCUCGUCUCUCGGAGAAUCCCAAGUGGCGGGUUCUGCUCCUGGAGGCCGGCGGUCCCGAGAACUAUGCCAUGGAUAUACCCAUCUUGGCCCACCUCCUGCAGCUGGGCGAGGUUAACUGGAAGUACCAGACGGAACCCUCGAAGAGCUACUGCCUGGCCAUGAACAACAAUCGCUGCAACUGGCCGAGGGGCAAGGUGAUGGGCGGCAGUUCCGUUCUCAAUUACAUGAUGUACACGCGCGGCAAUCGCAGGGACUACGAUCGCUGGUCUCAGCUGGGAAAUCCCGGCUGGAGUUUCGAUGAACUGCUGCCCUAUUUCCAGAAGUUCGAGGGCAGUGCCAUUCCGGAUGCCGAGGAGAAUCUGGUGGGUCGCAGGGGUCCCCUGAAGAUCAGUUACUCGGAGACGAGAACUCCGAUUGCGGAUGCCUUCGUUCGAGCUUCCCAAGAUGCGGGUUUGCCGCAAGGCGAUUACAAUGGUGGCCGGCAAAUAAGAGUCUCCUAUCUGCAGGCCAAUAUCUACAAUGAAACCAGAUGGAGUUCCAAUCGGGCGUACCUAUAUCCCAUUAAGGGAAAACGCACUAAUCUGCACGUGAAAAAGAACGCACUGGUCACCAAAAUUCUAAUCGAUCCGCAGACCAAAACAGCCUAUGGAGUGAUGGUGCAGAUAAAUGGAAAGCUUCAGAAGAUUAUGGCCAGCCAAGAGGUGAUUGUUUCAGCGGGUGCCAUUAAUACCCCGCAAUUGCUGAUGCUCUCCGGCGUGGGACCCUCGAAACAUCUUCGGGAAAUGGGAAUUAAACCCCUGGCAGAUCUGGCCGUGGGAUACAACCUGCAGGAUCACAUUGCGCCGGCUGUGAGUUUCCUUUGCAAUGUGAGUUCCCUGGAGACCAGACAGAUGUUCAGCGUGGAGGCGAUGGCGCAGUUCCUGAAGGGACGCGGAGUCCUCCGCAUUCCCGGUGGCGUGGAGGCCAUUUCGUUUUAUGCCCUCGACGAUCCACAAAAUCCCGAUGGCUGGGCGGAUAUGGAACUCUUUGCGGUGGGCGGCGGACUGCAGGCCAAUUUGGCUCUUCGCCUGGCUUUGGGCAUCCAAACGGAUGUCUAUGAGAAGAUGUUCGGGGAAUUGGAACGCAGGAAUGCCAAUGGCUUCAUGAUCUUUCCCAUGAUUCUGCGGGCAAAAAGUCGCGGUCGCAUCAAGUUGAAGAGCAGAAAUCCCGCCGAACAUCCGCAGAUAUUUGCCAACUACUUUUCGGAUCCCUACGAUCUGAAUAUCACAGUUCGUGGCAUUGAGCAGGCAGUCAGUUUGAUAGACAGGCCAGCAUUUAGAGCGAUUGGAGCCAGGUUGUUGGAGAAACGGAUACCGAAUUGUGCGAAAUACGAGUGGAGGAGCAGUGAGUACUGGGCGUGUUAUGCCCGCCACUUCACCUUCACCAUUUACCACUAUUCGGGAACGGCCAAAAUGGGUCCUCGAUCGGAUCCCUCGGCGGUGGUCGAUGCCCGUCUGCGGGUCCAUGGAAUCGAGAAACUCCGGGUGGUGGAUGCCAGCAUUAUGCCGUACUUGAUCUCGGGUCAUCCCAAUGGACCGGUGUACCUGAUCGCAGAGAAAGCAGCCGAUAUGAUCAAGGAGGAUCACGGCUUCCUAUAAAGCAAACUAUAUUUAUGAUGUACAAUACUAUGGGCAAUGAUCUUUAGAUGUUUAAAAGUGUAUAAUACCUUUCUGAGUGAUUUCUAGUGAAUUAAAGAGGAAAACGCAAUUCAA